AUCUGCAACCUGCUCUCAGUGUGGAAAGAGUUUCACAACCAAACAAAGUCUUGAGCAUCACAUGAGGAUCCACACUGGAGAGAAGCCGUUCACAUGUGAUCAGUGUGAAAAGAGCUUCCAAUACAAAAGUAUUCUUAAGAUUCACAUGAGGAUCCACACUGAAGAGAGACACACGUUCACAUGUGAUCAAUGUGGCAAAAAGUUUCUUACCUUAUCAUCCCUGAAGACACACCUGAAUGUUCACACAAAGGAGAAGCCACAUUCAUGUUCUGUGUGUGGAAAGAGUUUUUCACAGCUGCAAAGUUUACAUAAACAUGAGAAAACUCAUACUAGUGUGAGAGAGUACAUGUGCUUUGAGUGUGAGAAGACUUUUAUUACAGAGAGUGAUUUGAAAGUGCACCAGAGGAUUCACACUGGAGAAAAACCUUACAAGUGUUCACACUGUGACACAAGAUUCAAUAAGUCAUCAAAUCUGAAAAGACAUGAGAGGAUUCACACUGGAGAAAAACCUUACAAGUGUUCAUACUGUGGCAAGAGAUUCAGUCAGUCAGAAAAUCUGAAAAUACACAUGAGGAUCCACACUGGAGAGAGGCCGUUCAUGUGUGAUCAAUGUGAAAAGAGCUUCCAAUACAAAAAAAGUCUUGAUGUUCACAUGAGGAUCCACUCUGGCGAGAAACUGUUUACAUGUGAUCAGUGUGGCAAGAAUUUUUUUACCUUAUCAAACCUGAAGACACACAUGCCAAUUCAUAUGAAGGAGAAGCCAUAUUCAUGUUCUGUAUGUGGAAAGAGUUUUUCACGGCUGCAAACUUUACAAGCACAUCAGAAAAUACACACUGGUGUGAGAGAGUACAUGUGCUUUGAGUGUGAGAAGACUUUUACUACAGGGAGCGAAUUAAAACGGCACCAGAGGAUUCACACUGGAGAAAAACCUUACAAGUGUUUACACUGUGACAAGAGAUUCAAUCAUUCAGCACAUCUCAAAAGACACGAGAGGAUCCACACUGGAGAAAAACCUUACAUGUGUUUACACUGUGACAAGAGAUUCAAUGUGUCAGAACAUCUGAAAAGACAUGAGAGAAUUCACACUGGAGAAAAACCUUACAAGUGUUCACACUGUGACAAGAGAUUUUGUGAUUCAUCAUCUCUGAAAACACAUGAGAGGAUCCACACUGGAGAAAAACAUUACAAGUGUUCACACUGUGAUAAGAGAUUCAAUGUGUCAGCAAAUCUGAGAACACAUGAGAGGAUCCACACCAGAGUAAAACCUUACAAGUGUUCAUACUGUGACAAGAGAUUCUGCAUGUCAUCAUCUCUGAAAACACAUGAGAGGAUCCACACUGGAGAAAAACCUUACAAGUGUUCACACUGUGACAAGAGAUUCAGUCAGUCACAUCAUCUGAAAAGACAUGAGAGGAUCCACACUGGAGAAAAACAUUACAAGUGUUCACACUGUGACAAGAGAUUCAGUUGUUCAUCAUAUCUGAAAACACAUGAGAGGAUCCACAGCAGAAAGAAGCCACACCCACACCCUCUUUCACCACGGGCAGGGCUUUGGCUCCCCGAGGACACACAGCCUCCCCACACCACCCUGCUCCAUCCCUCACGGGACACUCUGAGCCAUGAUUGGUUCGCAGCGAUCGACCUGAAGGACACGUACUUUCAUAUCUCAAUCCUCCCUCGACACAGACUGUUUCUACACUUUGCGUUCGAAGGUCUAGCAUAUCAGUACAAGGUCCUACCCUUCGGGCUGUCCCUGUCACCUUGUGUCUUUACCAAAGUCACGGAGGGUGCCCUUGCACCACUCAGGGAAGUGGGUGUUCGCAUACUCAACUACCUCGAUGACUGGUUCAUUCUGGCCCAGUCACGAGAGCAGUUUGUGGAGCUGGACUCGAUCAACAUGAUGCUGCAUCUCACCAACAGCGGAGCAAGGCACCAUAUGGCACCCACGUCCCGACCUCCUGAACCUCCACGUGUGGUUGAUGGCAGGUCACUAGGAAAGCACAACUUGAUCAUCAGGUUCCUCAAAGGUGCCUCAUUCCCUCCUGAUAGUCACGGGUGUUCACUUGCUUGUACCAUUUCCCUCGGACGAGUGAAUGCAGAGACUUUUCCCGCUCCUCAGUUAAAUUCUCCACAUGGUGAACCCUGUGGAGUUCCUCCUGCAUCCUGCGGCAGCCAGAUGCGGUGGAUGCGUGCGGCACCUGGUAAUCCCAAAUGUGUCUGUCCACAAUACAGUUUUCCUGAUGGUAAACCUGUGUCUUUCCCUGAGCUGCUCUGCUCUGCCCUGUCUAGAGUUCCUCCCAGAAGGCAGGGUGUGGUCUCUACUCAGUGUGGAAAGAGUUUCACACACAAAUGUAAUUUUGAGAUUCACAUGAGGAUCCACACUGGAGAGAAGCCAUUCAAAUGUGAUCAAUGUGGAAAGAGUUUUCCAAGCAAACGUAAUCUUGAGCGUCACAUGAGAAUCCACACUGGAGAGAAGCCGUUCACAUGUGAUCAAUGUGGAAAGAGUUUCACACAAAAAGGAAAUCUUAAGGAACACAUGAAGAUCCACACUGGAGAGAAGCCGUAUGUAUGCAGUCAAUGUGGAAACAAUUUCAAAAACAAACAUAGUCUUGAUGUUCACAUGAGAGUUCAUACUGGAGAGAAUAUGUUCACAUUUGAUCAGUGUGGGAAAACAUUUCUUAGUGCAUCAGACCUGAAGAAACAUCUGUCAGUUCAUACAAAGGAGACACAUCAGAAAAUACAUACUGGUGUAAUAGAGUUCAUGUGCUUUGAGUGUGAGAAGAUUUUUAUUUCAGUGAGCAAUUUAAAACGGCACCAGAUUAUUCACACUGGAGAAAAACCUUACAAGUGUUCACACUGUGACAAGAGAUUCAUUUAUUCAGCACAUCUCAAAAGACAUGAGAGGAUCCACUCUGGAGAAAAACCUUACAAGUGUUCACACUGUGACAAGAGAUUCAGUUGUUCAUCAUCUCUGAUAACACAUGAGAGGAUUCACUCUGGAGAAAAACCUUACAAGUGUUCACACUGUGACAAGAGAUUCAGUGAUUCAUCAUCUCUGAAAAGACACGAGAGAAUUCACACUGGAGAAAAACCUUACAAGUGUUCACACUGUGACAAGAUAUUCAGUCGUACAACAAAUCUGAAAAGACAUGAGAGGAUCCACAGCAGAGAGAAGCUGCACACAUGUAUAAGACUGGAGAAAUUGGAAGAUAGGGUUACUCUCUGAGAAAACAAAGGAAAUUAACCUUUUAACUCCUUGAUUAUAUAAAAUUAUUAUCCCCACAAGAUGGUUUAAUAUGGAAAAUUAUCAUACAACACUAUACAUGUUUGGUAUAAUUUGAAAUGUCUCAGUGCGACUGGUAAAACAGUCCCAUUCCCACAGAGGUGAAUCCAAAGGUAAUAAAGGUGUUAAGAGUUUAGAGAUAUUUUGCUUUAGAGAUAUUAUUUGGGUCCUCUGCCAAUUGGUCUUUCAUGCUAAUUUUUUUUCUAAUGUUCCCUAAAGGUGUAAACUACCCAAGUCUGGGACCUUGAUUAAUGCAAAUUCCCAUCAUUAGCUCAUGAUUCCAUUUGAAAGAAGUUUCUGUCAUGAUCUGAGUAUUUAAGGAGAUGAUGGAGGCACGUCCUGAUAUUGCUGAGUUAGAUGUGUUCCUGGGUCAACACAUUUUGUUGAUCCCAGAACAACAUUCUAUUCUGAAAAUUGAGUCUUAACCCUAUUCCUACCCCUAACCCUACCCAUAAGUUAUCCCAAAAAUCAGAGGCAAAUGAUAGAUGAAUACCACGAUGUAGAAGCACCAAUUCAUGAUUUUAAGCCUAAACUUGACAUAAUCUGUAAACUUGUCCCUCAAAUCUGAUUGGUUGAUUUGAAUGUUGUUCCAGGAUCAACAAAAAUGUUGACCCAGGAACAUGUUGAACUCAGAAAUAUCAGGUUAUGCAGGUGUGAUUCUGUGGCCUGAUCAGCUCAUAAUGCUGAGUGUCCUCCAGACAUUCAUUAUGUAUUUUCCAAAUGUCAGGUAUGCAUCUUUUACUCUCAUUUCUGAGCAUUUGAUGUUUUGUAUUGAUCCUUUUUAAUUGAUUUUGUAAUUGGCAUGACUAACAAUAAAUUGUUACAUUUGCAU